AUGUUCGCUACUGGCGGUCAGAGAUGUCCUGUUGAAUUACUGAAGCAAUACCUUAGUAGGCGUCCUCAAGAGCUGCGCGACAAAGGUCCUUUUUACCUUGCCAUAAUCGAAAAUCCCAAAACAAAUGUUUGGUACAAGAAGCAGCGGCUCGGCGUAAACAGCAUCGACAAUAUGAUGAAGAGCGUCGUGAAGAACACAGCUCUGGAAACAAGCAAGAAGAAAUUGACUAACCACACCGCAAGGAAGACAGUUGUGAAGAAACUCAGAGCAGCAAGCGUCGAGAGGCAGUCGAUAAUCCAGGUGACCGGCCACGCAAGUGAAAAGUCUCUUAACGACUACGAUGAAGGUAGCGAGAAGGAACAGCGACAGCUUUCAAACAUUAUCAGCAAUGCUCCACAGUCAGCAGCCUCCAGCAGUUUUCCUGGUCUACCAAUGUGGUCUUCUCCUGCAACGACUUCAACGUGUGAACAGGUGAAAACAAGCGGCCAUGCUUUCACUGUGAACAACUUUCACAACUGUCAAGUCACAUUAAACGUGAUUCAGGGGCAAUGCAGUUCACCAAAGUCUACAAGUCAGAAUGUUAUUCCCUGA